UCAGGAAAUGUUCGAUCCGUUAAAUGGCCACAUUAUCUCCGGCGACGACGGGCCAUUCUUCCUCACCGUCAGCCGCCAUAAACCACCAGCCCACCUCCGCCGCCACAGGUCGCACGGUGGCCUUCACGACCCCCAACAACUACGCCGACAGGCUCUCUCGCCUCCUCGCCCUCAGGGGUCACGCACCGCUCUGGUGCCCCACCCUCACCGUCAAUGCCACCCCACAGUCCCUCAUCCCUCACCUCUCGCCUCCGCCGGCCCUCGAGGCCUUCUCCACUGUAGCGUUCACCUCGCGUGCCGGAAUAGGUGCGUUCUGCGCUGCGGUGGCCGGGAUUAAAGGGGCGCUGCUCGCCUCGGACGGUGACGCUUUCCUAAUCGCCGCCUUGGGCAGCGACGCCGAGCUCCUAAAUGAGGAGUUUCUGUUAAAGAUAUGUCCUGACUUCCAUAGAAUUAAAACCAUCGUGCCAUCGACACCCACUCCGAGCGGUUUGGUCGAGUCACUAGGGCCCGGAGGCGGCCGAAAGGUCUUGUGCCCGGUGCCUCUGGUCAUUGGGAUCGAGGAGCCUCCAGUAGUCCCGAGUUUCCUUAGGGAACUUGAGGCUAGUGGCUGGAUGCCAGUAAAGGUCGGGGCAUAUGAGACACGAUGGCUGGGCCCACAAUGCGCCGAGGUGAUCAUGGGAGAAGAGGUUCUGGACGCUAUAAUAUUCACGAGCACGGCCGAGGUGGAAGGGCUGCUGAAAGGGUUGAGAGAGCUUGGAUGGGACUGGGGGACGGUGAGAAGGAAGUGGCCAGAGCUGGUGGUGGCAGCCCACGGGCCGGUCACGGCUGCGGGGGCAGAGAGGCUGGGGGUCGGGGUGGAUGUUGUGGGAUCCAGGUUUGAUAACUUUGAGGGUGUUGUUGGUGCUCUUGAUCUGAGAUGGCAUGGCCCGAGAUAGAUCGAUCAUGCCUUAUGCAUAUGUUAAUGUUCUCUGUAAUUUAAACACUAAGCUCGAAAAUUACAUGAGAUUAGCAAACCGAUAAUACUGGAGUCACUUCAUCUGCAUUCCAUGUACGUAGUCCUCUCACAAACCUAUCAUUGCGUUAAAGGCAUCGAUUGAUGCUUUUUCGAUAAAUAUUGAACUACCGAGUCUUUUUCUAUAAUAA